AUGGUUAGAGGAGACCCGGAAACCAGGCUUGGAUUCAUCCUGGAAACCACUGGGAGAAGGCUUCCAAAGUCCACAGUGUUAGGAAGGCCACCUGCCUUCGACCUCCUCCGGUUAAUUUGGUCUAUCCAUUGCAAUCUGAAUCCCAAUGGUAUUGAUCAUCCUGUUCCCACAGAAGAUAUUAACCUGCAACUUGAAGGAGAAGGAGUUGAAUCGCCCUCUGUUAAGAACACACCGAAAGGGCCCSAGUCGAAAGAGACACCCAAGAAACAAGUGGAGCCAGAAAUAUCUAAGUCUGGCACUGUGAAGCUGACCAAGCCAGUAGCUUUGUGGAGCCAGCAGGAUGUCUGCAAGUGGUUGAAGAAACACUGCCCAAAUCAGUAUCAAAUCUACAGUGAGUCAUUCAAACAGCAUGACAUAACAGGCCGAGCGUUGCUGAGGCUCACUGACAAAAAGCUUGAACGAAUGGGCAUUGCCCAGGAGAACCUGCGGCARCACAUUCUGCAGCAAGUCCUUCAGCUGAAGGUGAGAGAAGAAGUGCGAAACCUCCAGUUGCUUACACAAGCUCCAGCAGAGAGCUCCCCAUAAGCAUUUCCAGCCUCUAAAGCUGCUGUCCUGCCACUUGAUAUGAAAGUGAACUUUUCUUCCUGAAAAAAAAACAUAAUAAAUGGCACUGCCAGAAGGUGACCAUGGAGGACUGAAGACAAUCUUGAAGGAAAGUCCUGCUCAAGAUGAUGCAUCCUGGGAAGACCUGGUUUGCAGUAGAUUAAAAAUGUGAUGCAUUAUCUCCAGUGCUAGUCUGUUUGAUAUGGUCAUUGAUAGACCUUUAGCUGGAAAGAUUCUUCCAGUUUUCAUCACUGUGCAUAACUUUGAGUUCCCUUUAGGGGACAGUCUGUGCCCUUCACUAGAGGUCCUGUUUUAGCAUGGCAACUACUGGAUUCUUUUGUUUUGUAUGCAGAUGGCAUGAUGUUUUAGGAAAAACUUGCAGCAAUUCUCYGAUCUCAGUGAAUAUUCACAAUAUUACACCCCUGAUAGGAAUGUAAACGUCUUGUAUGUGUUCAUUUUGCAGUCUAAUGGUAUUCUGUUGAACAAUAUCAGCACUUCAUAGUGCUUUCUGCACAAAAAGACUAGCACAGUCAUAUAUAUAUAAAUGUCUUUUUUUAUUUAAUACAGAUGAUAUGUUUCAUAUCAGUAUUUUUGCUGAGACUGCAUCCAAACUGAAGUCCACUACUUGCAUACCUUCACUAAUUCACAGUAGAUUGUAUAGAUAGAUUUGCACGUGACAAAUGUGUGACUUACUUUAUUGAGACUUGCAGAACAGCUGUCAAAGAGGUAGUCAAGAACAGGGUAAGUUGAAUGAGCUGUAGGAAACUGUCUGUUCACCCUCUAAUCCGCCAAAAAUCAAAGGUUCUCGUUUCCAGGAUGCCAAAUGCAAUUUUCUUACUCAGUGAGGGAGAAGAAAGGGAGAGAGCCUUUCUCAGAGAAGUGCUUAACCUUGGGUUUGGUCUAUAAUAAAAACAGAGUAAACUGGAAGAAUUCCUUUUUUUUUUUUUUAUGCUGAUUACCAUUUAUGUUUUGGGCAAGAUUGGGGAAUCGCAGUCCAAACCAGAACUCUGUGGAAGGGGUAAGGUUUAAGACUGUAUACUUCUGGGGAGCAAGACUCUCUCUCUCUAGAGAGGGCAGACUUCAUUAACCUUUUUCCACUUUCUACCCAACAGUAUUUUGGUAGGAACCUGGAAUAAGCAAAUGGUUUUAAUAAGCCUUUCAAUACACUGUAGCAGGCUCAAGACUGUUGCAUUCAACCUGACCGUUGUUUUUUGUUCGGUCUCUGGCUGGCCUCAUCCCUGGCUGUAUCACAGCUGGCUGUGGUACCGUUUUCUCCAUGGGGAGUUAGUGGAUUUUGUGUCCGUCCCUCACAUCAGGACCUACUUGACACGCUCUUUCUAAUGAACUGAUGUCAUCAGCAUGCUGAGGGGACGUCACUGUUUCUUCUUGUUGUCUUUAAAAUCAAAGGUAGCUUUGGGGGUGUUUAAAUGCCAUCAUUCUCUCCAACAAAACGAAUAGGUGCUAUAGAGCUGCUGUUAGUAUAACUGUUGGUGAGACCCYGUGCUGGUGUGAAGAUGCAGUGAUGGAGAGAAGGUGCAAGUAUGUCAAGUCAAAGGAAUAUCUUAGAGCAGGUUCCUGCUUAAAAACUAGUGUGCAAUUCUUUGCUAGGGAAUGCAAGGUCAGCCAAUGAGGAUCCCUGUACGUUCAACAUACAUAUCUAUAUGUUGAGGGACUACCUUUUUCAGAUGGGUCUGGGCUUACAUUACAGCUCUUCAUCCAUCUCAGAUUCAGCAUGUUGGAUAUUUCUUUGCUAUUCCAUCCAGAAGCAAAUUAUUUUUAUUGACGGCCAAGAUUUUCAGAAGUGGCCAAUGAGUUCUGAUGGUUCGAGUUUUCAAAUGGAGUGCCACAACAUUUUGAGGCAAUAUGCAUGUGUAUUGUCUUUCUGAAAAUCCUGGUCCCUGAUUUAAAUCAACUGGUGUAAAAAAUCUCCUUAACACAAGAAUCUUUGCCAGCUGCAACAUACACAUUUUUAGAGCUUUUGUUAGCAUUGCAAGUUCAAAUCUGAUACUUAUUAAAUGAACUGACCAUGAGCAUUGCCAAAUUCCAUUCUAAGCUUCAGCAAAUUUUGCAGCUCUUUCUGUUGCAGAUUUUAGCAAUGUAUUCUGGCAACUGACAUCAAUUUCAUAUUGGUGGAAUGAUUUACAGCAAGUUUGCUAUCAGUUAUUUUAGAAAGGAGGAGAAUGCUACACUUCUGCACGAGGAAUUCUCUUAUUUUACCAGCCAAUUAAAAUUUCUGGAAAAGAAAUGGAAUUAUGAAAGAAGAAUGUCGUUCUGAAUGGGUAUGAGAGAAACUGCUGGUUAGGGGAAGAGCCACUAGAAGCAUUUUGUGUGUCAAUGUUAGUCUUGAACAUCUUCCAGUCUAUGGGCAUGAAUAUAGAUGUGUGAACUUCUCCUGUUACAGUUUGUUUUAAAAGCUUCCCAGGAUUUUAGAUAUGGUAACGUAGAAGCAGUGUUAUAGGCCCUGAGAAAUGUGAAAAUAAAGCCCGGAUCCUUGUUUAGCCAAACACGGUGAGAAAUCUGCUGUAGGUUCCUAUCAGACCGAGCUUGUUGGAAGCUGCUGCCGGUCCCAGGCACCGGGCAGCCCCYGCGUGUGAGUAAGUUAACACGUAAGUGGGACUCGCUCCACGGAGCCCAGUGCCAUUACCCACAUGAGCGCCCGUCUGCAGGAGCCAUAACGAACUAAAACUGUCCUUUYGGCUUGUAUUUAUUCAUCGUGUUGGGAUUUUUGUAAUCACUGUAAUGCUCCCAAAGUAGGCCAUGCUUCCUCAGGGAUAUUUAUGGAAUUGUUCUACAUCUAUCGAACAGCUAUCUGGAUCCCAGCAUAUUCUUCUGAAAACUUUGUAAUAUAAAUAAGCAUGUGGGAGAGAUUUUUGUUAUUAUGAACGGGGGCAGGUACUGUGUUCUCGGAAAGGCCAUUGAGUGCAGACAAUCAGGUCUACUGCAUUUUUUAUGCUCAACACCUUAUUAAUAGCAGACACAUCCGCUUUUGCCUGGGUCGCAAGCACAGUCCUAUGGAAAGAACGCUUUAUCUCUGGUCAAUAAAUCAUUUAUGUCGAGAGUGCCAAAGACCAAGUCAACAUGAAAGGGAACGAGUAAGUUAUUCCGGCAAAGGAAGUGAAUUUAAAUAUGCUCAGAGCCAUUAGUUCUGUGCGAAAGAGGAGGCUAAUGCUGUUUUAAUAAAACAGCAAUUACCAGCCCUGCGGAGGGAGAUGCGCUCGCACAGGCUGGCACAUUGAUCACUAGUUGUCAUCUCUGAAACGCAGGUGGAGGGAAAGAGCCUUCGUCCCGGGAGUGGCCCUUCCUCCCGGGAUCUCUGUAUGGAGAACAGCGGCGCUGGCAACCAUGGAUAGACACAACUGUGGUGAGCRCUCCGAGUGCGCCGAGUCUGGCACCAGGGAGAGAAAGGGAUUGCUGGCCCUGGAAAAUACACUGCAGCUGAGAACAUCUUUGCACUGUUUUAUUCCUCUGUUUUUUGCCAAUCUGUGGGUGUUUCUUUGCCUGAAGGCCCCUGGUUUUCUCAGCUGGAGACGCCAAGGGCUUCCCGGCGGGCGUUUUGCGGAUGCGCCGGCGCGUCGCUCCCGCCGCCUGUCUGCAGCCCCGGCCUCCCGCCCGGCUCUGCCAGCAAAGGCUCUUGCUUGACAGCGAGACUGAGAGCAGCUGYGGAGCCGCUAAGGAAAUCCAAACCAUUAAAAAUGGCAAGAUUCGGGUUUGUUUAGUUGGUAAUUUUUGGAAGCCUCCAGGGCCGACCCCCAGCAGAUGUGAAUUAGCACCAAUCCAUCAAAGUCCCUGGAGGGCUGGGGAUUGAUGCCAGCCACGGAGCCCGUCCUGGGGUGAUUUUUUUGUUAUAACUUCRGCUAACCUCCUCAGCCCCACACAAAGCCACAGGACCUCAAUUACUCAGAACUGUCUUGGGCAAGCCAAGCAAAAUCCUGCAUUUUUCACCCCAGUCCUCUCUUAACAAGUAACAUCUUUGCAGGCAGAUUUCUCCGUGAAAGCCCCUGCUACGAGACUGUGCUAUAAUUGACCCUAGUAUAUAUAGGCUGUGGUCAAUAAGAUUUUAAUUUAAAAAGAAGAGGAACUCUGGUAUAAUUAAAAUUAAUGGGGGGAAAGUACUACCAGCAUUACCUGCAACUUCAGGAAAGAUAGCUGGAGUGCAAAAAGCCUUCCACUAACAUAAUGUUUAGGUGAUUAGGCAGCAAUUAAAGAAAAUAAACAUUUGAUGAAAAAAGCCAAAUAAAUGUGUGGAAAUUCAGUGGCCAGUAGGUUAUGGUUAAUAGUUUUUUAAUAUACCCUAAUAAAUACAGUCAUAGCAGAGCUAAGUGUGGUGUUAGACAGGCUCAGCACAGUCAUUACUCAUAGUGCAUGAAAAAGAGGAGUAAUCACCAAAUAUUCUUGUUUUGUUUUUGAAAGCGGUAGCAUGAGGGAGUCAGAUUGCACAUAAAAUGUAAUUCCUCCUACUGCAUCAGUAAUUGUGGGUAAUAUGAAACAGCAACUACCCAAAUAUAUAUUUUUUUAAUUUGCAAAGSCAGAUAACUGAGUCCUGGAGUGUAGGAAAGCUUGCCAAGGAUUGCUCAGAACUGAGAGACAUGAAAAAAGCUUCAAAUGACAAAAAAAAAAAAAAAAAAUGCCAAUAACUAAAAUGAAUGAGUGACCUGACCCAGAAAACUAUGGACUUAUUAGUUUCCUAUCAGUCAUAGGCAAAAUCAUGGGAAGGUUGAUAUGACACAGUCAUUAAAGCAAUUAAAAAUUGAUAGGACCCUCCAAAUGAUUUUUAUAGAGAUGUGUCAAAAGACUUGCUAUCAUUUUGGGGGGAUAUCAAAGGCUUGUUGAUAAAAGGAACUCUGGUAACAUCCUAUACUCAGUCUUCUGUUGAUCAUUUGAUCCUGAUAAAGCAGAAAAUAGCGCUAUGCAAAAUCAAUAGAGCCCAUACUAAGUAGCUUAAAGCUGAUUACAUGAGAUAUCACAAAAAAGAAGCAGUAAUUACAAAAUUGCCAUCAAUGAGGAUAUUUCUAAUGAGCUCCUCACAAGGUAUGCUCUAUUUUCAAUAUUCCUCCCAGGUAAAUACAAACUGAUUGUUGGCAACAUCCAUAGAUGCCAAAAAUCAGUGCUUGGUAAAUAAUGUCAUGGAGCAGGUCAGUAGUGCAGGAUAAGCUGGAGUUUUCCAAACUCCAAAAUCCAAGGAAGACGAGUGCAAGUCCCCCUUGGAAGACCGGGGAGAAUGUCUAGCAUGUGGUGACUGCAAAGAUCUGCUGUUCUCAUAAAUAAUCCCUGCGUCAUCAGCCCUGCUGAUGCCCUUGCCAGCAGGGAAAGUGGGAUCUUCAGGGCAGCCUUUGGGAAGAUCCCGAGUGGGCAGCAGAGGUGACGCUGUGUGCAGGACAGUGGGUUCCCCUGUUGCAAAGGGAUCCUCUGGAACUGGGGAGACCAUUGCUUGAAGGGCAGGAAAAGAGCUAAUAUUGCAAUGAAGCCCAGACUAAUGAAGCUCAAGCUGCUAAUUAAGAGAGGAUUUGAAGAGGUGACUUGUGCAGCGCCCGGCCUCGCAAUCCUCUACCUGCAUGGGGAAGAGGUGUCUGCAGGGAGGUCGCUCUUUUGUUUGGAGGAAAAGGGAAUGAUGAGCUGCACUGGUUGGCAACUGAUUUCAGGCUGGAAAUUAAGUGCAAUUAAGUUCAACAGAAGGGAUGAUUACCCCUGGAGACAGCUUAGUUGCCUCGCCUGUGCUCCAUCACGUAAAGUUGUAAGAUGUAGGCAGAAUAUUUUUCUAAGUCGAUAACCUCUACCUCAAGCAGAAGUUUGGGCUUGUUGCAGAAUGACUGAGAGAGGUUCUUAGGUGUCUGUUUGUGCAAGAGGUCAGACGGGAUGAUCAGAAGUUCUGGRAUUAAAAAUCUCUUACAGUUUCCAAUAUGACAGAAAGGAAGGGCAACCUAGAUCCAUUUUUUUUCACACAAGUCACCUUAAUUCAAAUGGAGAGCUUAUAUUAACAGAACUGCACCUGCGAGCCUCUGAUACGAACAUGGGCAGGUCUGCUCACAGUUGCAAGGUUUUCRUGCAUGUGCUUGAAGGGAGCAGAAUUGGACAAGGAAGGAUGAGAAAACUCCUCUGACACAGAGUAAGACUAUAGUCUUCCAUAACAGCCUGGGACCAAGUCUUGCACUCAAAUGAUUAGGUCAAGCGAGAGUGGAGGCUGAGCAAACAGCAAGAGUGGCUUGCCUCUUAAUUAAGGAGGAAGCAUUUUGCAGGCAAGAAGUGGGUUUUCCUUGUCAUCAGCUGAGAGCAAAACUGCGGUGCUGCCUGAGAACUGAAUUCUCUGGCUUUGCUGCUGAGCAGGACCCACGAACUCCUUGUCUCCAAGGCAGACACAGCCUGGACACUGCCCUGAGCAAUACACGCUCCUCCCCAGCCUGAGCUUUUGCCCAACUGGGCCCAUUUUGACUGACACUUUUUGGAAAUAAGCAUUCCCAAGGCUGCAGCUGGGAGGUGCCAGGCAAGCGCRAGCCGCCUUGUGCGGCUCAUAGCUCUGCUGGCUGCUGAGAAGCAGAACACAAAAGAGSAUGUUGGGUUUAAGGAGUAAACAGGGCACUCAGACGAGAGAAACYACCGAAGCAAAACUCACCGCAAAUUGGUUUUGAAUCAGUACCCAAAAAGCUGAAACAAGAAGGAGUUAGCUACAAAUAUAACUAAAAAGAUAAAGAUUUUCUUGGAUUCCUGCUCUAAUUUAGUGUGAAAUCCCGAGAAAAAGAGUCUAUCUGCGAAUAAGUGUUUAAAGAACAUGGGCACAUAGGAGAUGCCUGUCACAUAAAGUGUAGGUCGACGCCAGCAUGUGUUCAUGGUCGCUUACAGGUGGCCUCCCUCUUCCGAAGUCACCGCGUGGCCAGAGGAGGCAGCUGAUCCUGCAGCUGACAGUGUCACGUCUGGUUCUUCCACGGAAGCAGGAUUGCAGGCAUUAUUGUAACACAGCGAGGCUUAGGCUGAGAAUGAGAUGAAAAGCUCCUUUCUGAUUUAAUUCCAAGUAUAUCUAAAUACUUCUUUUUUUCAGAAGAAAAAAUAUCCUCUGUAGCUAUUGUUACAUCUCUAAUCAUGUUACUUGUAUUAAGCACUUGCUUUGAAUUCAUCUAUUUAUUAUCAUAAGUGACCAAAUUAAAUACUGAUGCACAGUUUGGGCUUUUUUUAAAUAGGGAGAUCAAUAUUGCUGCAACGCUGCAUGCAAGCAAUAAAAAGAUGUGCAGAGGAAAAAUCAAUCUGCCCCAUCAGCUGCUAUGGGUUUUAUCUGUUUUGGUUUUGGUGAGCCUGGUUUUACAUCCAGACAGAUGUUCUCCCUACUGAACCAGGCCCUGGUCUCAAGACUAGCCCAAAUGGAGAAACGUUUGGAGUCCUCUUUCUGUCUCAUACUCAUUUCUCGUAUGCAAGGGRCCUUUCUCUGUUCUUCUCCUGAGAAAGGUAGAGGAGAGAUUACGCAGUUUCCAGUGCACAAGGGAAACCMCAGAAAUGCUUUAUCUUCCAGAUGAAGCAUGAGACUCGUGUCUCGUCCUUUUCCCAGUAAGCUCAACUCCACGGACCAAGAUAAACCAGAGCCCGGGACCGUGCUGAGCUGCGAUGCGAGCUCAGCCUUAGGCCCUGCACCACACAGUGCUGCUGUCUGACUGUAGGAUCAGCCUUAAGCCAGCGAAGGGCCUCCAGACAAGGUGUUUYUCCCACCUUGGGAGCCGAAUCCAAGCUUGAUUGAACCCAGCCUUGAGAAGAACAGCUAAGUUAUGGCUGGAAUUGAAGCCACAUCCGAGUGCUCUCCA